CCGAGCUUACUGUAGGCAUUGUUACAUUUUUAAUCUACAGUUGCAUCGUCCUGAAACUUAACUUCAAGAAGGGAAGAAAAAAAAGCUCUUCCUUAGCUCCCUAUUUUCCAAAUUCACGCAGUUGCAACGUGUGACUGUCGCACGUGAUACCAUCGAGUUUGUCAAAGUUCGCGACACAUACGUGGCGAUAGAGAAUAUUUAACGAGUUAUUCGAUUGGUGAACAUUUUUUUUGCGUGUCAGCGACAUGGAACUAUUUCAAUUCCACCUCUCCGGAUUUUCUGGCGUAAAAUUACUUGACAAUUCGUGCGCAUAUCCUCGACGCAUCAUUUUAUUUAUGGAAAACAUGGAGAUGAGCACGGUUAGUCGCGUGGUGAAGAUCGGUCUUCGCACCUAUGGUAUUUGGCCGUAUCUACCGUCGACAGCUUUGUGCCGAUUGUUGUGCAUCGUGCUUUUGAGCGCGGCUCAAAUCUUUCAAUAUCGCUACGUGUUAAUAAACUAUCACACCGAUAGUUUCUCUAAUUUUAUGGACGGAAUGAGCAGCGCUAUGACAUACAGUCUACUGUUUAUGAAACUUGCUAUUUUGUGGAUUAACGAGCGAACAUUCUCCGAUAUGUUGCAAAUGAUGGCCAUGGAUUGGAAGAAUUGCGUUUUAACCGAGUGCAGUCUGCGCAUUACAUCGAACAAGGCCAGACUCUCGUAUCGCUUUUCGAAUUGGAUCAUCGGCCUUCAAAUGAUCGCCAUAACUUUAUACAGUUGUGGCGUUCUCGCCGUCAACGUUGGUGACGUUCAGAGAAUGAAUGUAUCUGCGCGGGAGCACAUCCUGAAGAUGAAGCUACCAUUCAAGGUAAACACAUUUCCUGUUUAUACGCUCGUUACGAUCUUCGAGUUCUUUCAUCUGAUGAUGUGUGGCUUGGCGAUUUCUGUGAUCAAUUCACUCAUCAUCACUCUGAUAUUACACAUCGGUGGUCAAAUCGAUAUCCUUCGCGACUGGUUGCUGAAGGCCUUUUCCAAAAAUAUGAUCACCGUGGACAGGAUAACAAUGAAAAUGCUAAUCACGAAACACCAGCGGAUCAUUAUGUUUUCAGAAAAUAUCGAAAACCUUUACACGUACAUCGCGUUGAUACUGUUCGUGUCGGAUACUCUCAUUAUAUGCUGUUUAGGAUUUAUUAUCGUCACUUCGAUUAAUACACCUGGUGGCCUGGCGAUUCUAGUAAGAUCCGUAUUAUAUUACCUCGUGAUGAAUCUUGAAGCGUUCAUAUAUUGUUUCGCUGGUGAAUACUUGACUGCCAAGAGCAAAAUGAUCGGAGAUGCAGCCUAUGAUUCUCUUUGGUACGACGUUACGUCUAAACAGAGUCAAAUCAUACAUCUCAUAAUUCUGAGAUCACAGAAACGAUUGACCAUCACGAUUGGAAAAAUCAUGGAUCUCUCCUUAGAACGUUUUACCAGCGUAUUAAAGAUAUCAGCAUCAUAUGUGUCUGUACUAUUGGCAAUAUACUGAAGCCUAAAUUUUAUCUCGAUUGAUAAAAUUUUGAUAGUAUCAUUCUUUAUGGUGAUGUAAUAUUUCAUGGUAACUGUU